AUGUCUGAAAUCACGCACCCCACAAUCAAGGAUGGAUGGUUCCGGGAAAUCUCCGACAUGUGGCCAGGCCAGGCCAUGACCCUCAAGGUCGACAAGGUCCUGCACCAUGAGAAGAGCCAGUACCAGGACGUCCUCAUUUUCAAGUCCACCCAUCACGGCACUGUCCUCGUUCUCGACAAUGUCAUCCAGUGCACCGAGCGCGAUGAGUUUUCUUACCAGGAGAUGAUCACCCACCUGGCCAUGAACUCUCAUCCCAACCCCAAGAAGGUUCUCGUCAUUGGUGGCGGUGACGGCGGCGUCCUCCGCGAGGUCGUCAAGCACGACUGCGUUGAAGAGGCCAUUCUCUGCGACAUUGAUGAGGCCGUCAUUCGCCUUUCCAAGCAGUUCCUCCCCAAGAUGGCCGAGGGCCUCACCCACGCCAAGAGCACUGUCCACAUUGGCGACGGCUUCAAGUUCCUUGAGGAGUACAAGAACACCUUCGACGUCAUCAUUACCGACUCUUCUGACCCCGAUGGCCCUGCCGAGAGCCUCUUCAAGAAGCCCUACUUCCAGCUUCUCCACGACGCCCUGCGCCAAGGCGGCGUCAUCACCACGCAAGCUGAGAACCAAUGGCUGCACUUGGAACUCAUCACCAAGCUCAAGAAGGACUGCAAGGAGAUCUUCCCGGUGGCCGAGUACGCCUACACCACCAUUCCCACCUACCCUUCGGGACAGAUUGGCUUCAUGGUCUGCUGCAAGGACGCCAGCCGCGACGUCAAGGUGCCGCUCCGUCGGUGGACCGUCGAGGAAGAGGAGGAGAAGUGCCGGUACUACAGCGCCGAGAUUCACAAGGCCAGCUUCGUCCUUCCCAACUUUGCCAAGAAAGCUCUGCAAUAA